GGCGGUGUCGGCUGCUGCUGCACGCUGGCUGGGAACAUGGCUGAAGUCGGGGACGAUAGCAACGGGGCCCGGGCCUUGCUGGCGCUGCGCUCGGCGCCUUGCAGCCCCGCGGCCGGCGCGCCUCAGCCUCAGCCGCCGCUGCCGCCGCCGCCGCUGCUGCUGCUCCCGGCGGCGGCGGCGGCGGCGGCGGCCUCGCUGAUGGCGCCGUCGUCGUCGUCGUCGUCGUCCGCGGCGGCGGCGGCGGCCUCCUCGCCUCAGCCGCUGGCCCGGCUGCAGGGCCGCGACUUCGAGUUCCUCAUGCGCCAGGCGGCCGUGACCAUAGGCCGCAACUCGUCGCAGGGCUCGGUGGACGUCAACAUGGGCCACUCGAGCUUCAUCUCGCGCCGCCACCUCGAGCUGGCCUUCCGCGCGCCCCACUUCUACCUGCGCUGCCUGGGCAAGAACGGCGUCUUCGUCGACGGCGCCUUCCAGCGGCGGGGCGGCCCGGCCCUGCAGCUGCCCCCGCAAUGUACGUUCCGAUUCCCUAGCACAGUCAUCAAGAUCCAGUUCACGUCGCUCUACCACAAAGAGGAGGUGAAGGAGGAAGCUUCGUCGCCUCCGCUUCGGCCGCUCUACCCUCAAAUAUCGCCUCUUAAGAUCCACAUUCCGGAGCCGGAUCUCCGGAUCCUGGGCAGCCCCCUGCCUUCCCCGACCGGCACCAUCAGUGUUCCCAACUCAUGCCCGGCCAGUCCUCGUGGUGCUGGCUCCUCAGGAUACCGUUAUACUCCGAAUAUUACCUCGGACCUGCAGCUGGCAGCGGAAUACGCGGCGAAGGCGACGUCAGAGCAGCAGGCGGACGCGUCUGGCGGAGACAGCCCGAAGGACGAGUCCAAGCCGCCAUAUUCGUACGCCCAGCUAAUUGUUCAAGCUAUCUCGUCAGCCCAGGACAAGCAAUUAACACUAAGUGGGAUCUAUGCCCACAUCACCAAGCAUUAUCCAUAUUACAGGACAGCUGAUAAAGGCUGGCAGAAUUCUAUUCGGCACAACCUUUCUCUGAACCGUUAUUUUAUUAAAGUCCCGCGUUCUCAAGAGGAGCCUGGGAAGGGCUCUUUUUGGCGGAUAGAUCCUCCGUCGGAAGGCAAACUGGUGGAGCAAGCAUUCCGCAAACGGAGACAGCGGGGCGUGUCCUGCUUCCGAACACCUUUCGGGCCCCUCUCUUCCAGGAGUGCCCCUGCCUCCCCUACUCAUCCAGGCCUGCUGUCUCCUCACACGAGUGGCCUACAGACCCCAGAGUGCCUGUCGAGGGAGGGCUCGCCGAUUCCACACGACCAGGACUUCAGCUCCAAGUUAGCCUCUGUUCCAGAGUACCGGUAUUCACAAAGUGCACCUGGCUCGCCUGUAAGUGCCCAGCCAGUGAUCAUGGCGGUCCCUCCCCGGCCAUCCGCCCUCGUGGCCAAGCCGGUGGCCUACAUGCCAGCCUCCAUCGUGACCUCUCAGCAGCCUUCGGGUCAUGCCAUUCACGUGGUUCAGCAAGCCCCCACCGUGACCAUGGUCAGGGUUGUGACCAGCUCGGCCAACUCGGCUAAUGGCUACAUCCUGACCAAUCAGGGGCCCGCAGGCAGCGCCCACGAAGCAGCCGGAACCGUCCUGGACUUGGCGGGUGAGCCUCGAGGGAUGGAUGAGAAGCCGACCAUUGCGUUCGCCGCGAUACCCACUGCCAGCCGGGUUAUUCAGACGGUGGCCAGUCAGAUGGCUCAAAGCAUCCCGGGACAAACCGUUACCAUCCUCCAGCAAGCUGCACCCAUGACCAUUGGACAACACCAGCUCCCCGUCCGAGCAGUGACGCAAAAUGGGAAGCACGCCGUCUCCACCAACAGCCUCUCUGGCGGCACUUACACCCUAACAAAUCCACUGCAGCUCCUUGCGGCCCAAGCCAGUUCAUCCACUCCGGUGGUCGUCAGCCAGCAGGCGGGAGAGGCGGGGAAUAAAGAUGCCGAAGAGCCUCCGAGCGAACCGGAUGUCAAAAGGUCCCGGAUGGAGGAGUCAAGAGGACCCGUGGCAUUGCAGACGGGCGUUAUCACUUCAACAGCCCCUCAAGGACAGGCUGCCAGCGAAUGAGGAACCGGAAUGUUCUGAAAGGGGGCAGCAAAGGCUUUGAAGAUGUUUUUUUUUUCUUUUUAAAGAAGAACUACAAUCUUGACGUUUUCAGAAAGAUUUUUUUUUUUAAAAUAAAAAGCUCCUUUCAAAAUAAGAUUUUAAAGGGCGGGCCAGCCAUUCUUAGAACCUCAAGGUGCCAAAUGAACAGGCAAAACUUCCACCUACCUGUAACCAGAAGUCUGUUCUGCCUUUUAACUUCGGAGUUUCUUCCCCACCCCACUUUUUUAGAUGAAAAAACCAACAACACAGAGACAGUUUGAUUGUAUGACUGCUGGGAUCGCCCCCAACCCACCCUAUUAAUUUUCUUUUUCUUCAAAGCAUGGUUGUUGUAUGUGAGCAUAUUAAAAAAAAAUGCUGGAUGGAGGCACGUACUCUUGAGGGUGGGGGCUUUUGUUCUCCAAA